AUGAUUGACGUCGUGGGCAGGCUAUCCUACAACGAAGACAAACAUUGGUUCCCGAUGCGGCAUAUUGAGCAGUGCCAGUAUUCUACUGGGCUCCCCGCAUCCGCGGACAUUCCGCGAACCCCUGCACCAGCCGAGACACAUACAGAUAGCAGCACGUGCUGCACCGAUUGCGACAGACAUUUCACUCCUUCAGGCUUGCGACAGCACCAAAUCUCGCCGAAGCACAAAAAGCGAGUCGAGCGGAACGCGGCGGCCGGUAUCCUCAGCCAUGCUACCACUACCUCCGCCGCAAGCUCUACGACACUCUUGCAUGCCGAAGAGCUAUUCUGUCACGACUGUACAAGGCAAUUCGGGACUGCUUUAGGCUUCCAACAGCACCAAACAGGGGCGAAGCACAAGAAGCGCGCCGAACUGCGAGCGAAUGCCAGCACCGACAGUCCUAUCACUACUAUCGCCGCCGUUGCCACCACCACCACCACCACCACCACCACCACCGCCGCUGCCACAGAGAUAGUCCCAGUUGAUUCAAUCGAAGAAUUCUUCGCCUCGUACGGUUUCCCACUCGAUCCUAACACCAACUACGAAGCCGAGUUCACACGUCUCUGCACUUUCCACGACUGGCCAGCUGGUAGCAGCCAGAUGGUCGAGGCGAGGUCGGUAUUUCGCGCAUCUCAGAUAAAGUUCUUUGGCAAUGCCAUGAUGAACAGGGGCGUUGAGAAAUGGGAGUCCGUGCUGCAUGAUGUGAUACGGGAGCUUUUUGUAGCGAACUACGGGUUCAUGCUCAAUCCCGAGGCGCACUAUCGCGACGAGUUUGAGAGGCUCUGUAACGAGCGGCAGUUGACUCGUAAGCAGCGGAAGGAGGUGAAGAAGCUACUCGGUGCAGCGGAGGCCGCAGACUUUGGGCUGCGAUUCGGUACGGAUUCGAAUGAUCCUGGAGCUUGGAGAAAACUGUGUGAAGCCGUCGGUAUCGAGCCGGUUCCGGAGGGACUUGAGGCGAGGCGUCAGACUAUUUUGGAUUUGCAUGUCAAUAUAGUCGAUCUACAGGAUGGUCGGAGGAGGGGUUAUAAGUCUACAAUCUACGCAACGGAGGAGGAGUUAGCUACCUACACUAAAGGGACGUCUGGCCGUUGCUACCCCAGGGCAUGGGCGUAUAAAGGUGGCCUCGUGUGGUAUCUCCUGCGGGAGAUUGUGGGACUCUAUUAUGGCGAUCUUCCUGGCGGUGUUGGAAGUAAGAGGGGCGAAGGGAAGGUCCGGAAACGUCAAACGUCAGAGUGA